AGGGCUGAGCUGUUCUAUGUUUCUGCUGUGGAAGUUUAACUCGGCCUCUUCCUGCUUUGUACAGGUAAAAACGCCUGACAUCACGCUACAAUAAUGGAUGAGAUGGACCUGCCCCAGAUGAAGAAGGAGGUGGAGAGCCUCAAGUAUCAGCUGGCUUAAAGAGAAAAGUCCUCCAAAACAGUGACUGAUCUGGUGAAGUGGAUUGAGGAUGGCGUACCUGAGGAUCCGUUCCUGAACCCAGAGCUGAUGAAGAACAAUCCUUGGGUGGAGAAAGGAAAGUGCAUCAUUCUCUAGAGUCAAUGCUCACCUGCCGUGACCUUUCAACUUUGACCUCACUGACAAGCAAAUGCCCACUGAUUAAACCUGAACCUGAUCCCCUUCCCCCUCCCCUCCCCCAGCUUGUGAGGGCCAUGGCGAGGACAGCGCCCCCUAACUCCUCACCAUGAAUGUACAACAGCUGAUGUCCCCAGAUGCUAUAGAAACACACUCCACAGAACACGCAGCACUACACAAACACCGACUGCAACACUACUCACUGCAAGUGUACCCUCCGCCACGGCUACGCGUCAUUAUAUAACGACGAUGACUAUCAAUACUCUUAAUGUUUGUGUAUGGAUAUAUGACGACUUAUUUAUGCAACCGCUAGUCACGCUUCCCCUCUCUUCUGAUGUUUGACAUCUUUUCACGGUGGUUUCACAUUGCUGCUGUCGUAGCAGGGUUUUUUUUGUUGUUGUUUUGUUUUUGAUGAGGUGAGAAGCUAUAAGAAAUUGUAGUGUCAAAUUCUCACUGCCAGGCUUUCUGUAUAUCUGCUGUUUAUUUAUUUUUCAAAAAUGACAUGUCCAAUACCUAAAAACGCACUUCUAGAAAUAUGUUACAGCCUAUCCUCUAAGUCAGUUAUGACUGUACCUAUAGAGCGAUAUGACCGUUUAUUCAUGUGUAUUUGAUUGUUUUAGGUAAAAUGUAACACUUGAUUCUCAAGUACUGUCAAACCUUGUUAUCCAAAUUGCUGUUUAUUAUGAAAACAGGGGCACUUUCAAUCAAGGUUUCAAACAAGAACAUCCUCCCGCAGUUGCUUAAUUCUGAGCAAAAUCAGUGUUUAAACAGUCCCGGUUUUGGGUUCCACCUUAAAAUGAUCAUUCCCAAACCAGUUAGAGCCAAACUGGUUAAAAAUGUUCCUCGUACGGCAACAUGGCAUACCAUGGCAUAUUUUGGACAUUACCAAAAUAUUUUGAUAUAAGCAAUAUUUAUGAUAAUGCAGAUAAUGUAAUUCUGAGUGCACUGCAAAGUGCAUUUGAAGAUUUGAGUCCAGUGAUUCCCAGAGCUAGGGCCAGGGCCUCCUGGUGGGCUGUAAAGGUUUUGGAAGUGGGUGGUGAAAGGUCAUUAAAAUAAAUAAAUAAAAAUAUUUUUGAUUUUGUAAUAAAGUUUAAAAUUACUCAAAA